CUUUAAAAAAAUGGAACACAUUAAUUUCCACAAAGAAAAACUAGUUUUAAUUUUCCUCAAAAUACAUAGAUGGUUUGUAUUUAUUAAGUUGAGAUAUCAACAGAAAAAAUAUCCAUGUUUUUCACCUAUGUGUGUGUGUGUGUGCGAGAGCGCUUCAUUUUUAAACUGUUUAGAGUAAUAUCGUCUUGAAAUAAAGCACAAAAUGGUUAUGUUUCCAAAGUUUCUCCUUUUCUUUGUUGUGUUAACAAUAUCACUGUAUUCAUCUGAAGCCCAAAACUCCCCUCAAGACUAUCUUAAUGCCCACAAUGCAGCCCGUGCCCAGGUUGGGGUUGGACCCAUGGUAUGGGAUGAUAAAGUAGCAGACUUUGCUCGAAACUAUGUUAAUCAGAGGACUGGUGACUGCAACCUCAUCCACUCUGGUAGCCGAAGCUAUGGAGAGAACCUUGCAAAGGGCAGUGGAGAUUUUACCGGAAAGGCAGCAGUUGAUUUAUGGGUGUUGGAGAAGCGCAAUUAUGAUUAUAACUCGAAUUCUUGUGUCGUAGGAGAGUGCCGGCAUUACACACAGGUAGUUUGGCGUAAUUCACUGCGCCUUGGAUGCGCUAGAGCCCGGUGCAACAAUGGGUGGUGGUUUGUAUCUUGCAACUAUGCUCCUCCUGGUAAUUUUAUCGGCCAGCGCCCAUAUUAAGGAUAUUCUGGGUAUUUAGUCUAAUAAGAUUGAACAUGAUAGUUAUGUUGAGUCAUAAAGUACUAUGCGAGUACGCGACUUAAAAAUUAAUCUAAUAGCACGUACGUACUCCACUUUCUACAGUGGUAAAUAAAGUUAAUUAGUUAUAGCUCAAAAAUAGAGUUACUAAAUACUAUCACUUUCCUUGUAAAGGGAAUAAAGAAAUGUCUUUGCUUCCAUUUUAAUUAUAAGAAAUAAAUAAAAUUUCAUACUGAACCACUCCGUUAUAUUU